AGUGUAUGUGUGUGAAUGAGUGCCCAAAGGAUAAGCCCAAAAGGAUCAUACUACUCAACCAGUUUAAGUUGCAGCGACAUCAACACCACACAGACAUGAUUAAAUACGUGUGGCAUGUGGCUGCCCUCAUGAUUGUCUUCUGCUGGGUUCAAACGACCCAUGCACGAAGCGCCAAUUUCCAGCACCAACAACAAAAUCAACACCAACAAUCCCAGCAGCAGAAUGAAGAACCACAGGCCGCUACCUCUGGCGCCAGUUCCCUAUCGAGUGGUUUCUGGAAGGACAUGUCGCUCGUCUAUCGCAUCUAUCAGCAAUGCGUAGGCGCGCAAAUGUCCGUCUGCCUCAAGGUCAAGCUGCUGACAGGACUGGAGAAGGCCUUCCGCAUGCCCAAGUCACUGCAACUGUACGAGGGCAUACAAUUCGUCAGCAAUCUUGACGACGAUGGCGAAAAGGCCAGCAAACGGGCCAAGCUGCCGCCCAUUAGUGAGCAGGAUAUCGAGGCCGUGCUGCCACGCAGCUCCGAUGCCAAGGAGCAGGUGCUCAACAACAUGAUACUGAAGCGCUUGGGCAACUUUCUUCAAGAGCACACGCUGCAGAUCAAAUUUCCCGAAGACAGCAAUUCUGGCAACUCUGUGGAGGGCCGCAAGAAGAAGGAGAAGAAGGGCAACGGGUCCAUGAUCAUGAUACCACUGCUGCUUGGCGGCACCUUCGUGCCCAUUGCCUACGGAGCCCUGGCCAUGCUGGCAGGCAAGGCGCUAAUUGUGUCUAAGCUGGCGUUGGUGCUGGCCUCCAUCAUCGGUAUCAAGAAACUGCUGAGCGGUGGCGGCGGCAAGGAAUCCUCACAUGAAGUUGUCGUCUCCUCUGGCGGCCACUCGGGCUGGGGACGCGACUUCGACAUGGCCUAUAGCGGCUGGAAACCUGCGAAGGAGAUGGCUGCCAGUUCCGUAAAAAGCAUGUGAGGGACUUUGCUAAAAUUGCAUUUGUAUUUGCCGAAAGUGCAGAGAGAGAAAGAGAGAGAGAGAGGGAAGGGAAAGAUGAGGAGGAGAUGGAGAAGGAGCGUUGGGGCAUGGGAAAAACCAAAGAAGCGUUGGCCGCACGA